UAUCUACAUCCUUUUGCUAGUUUCAGCUGUUGUUCAUUUGCACUUUUACUUGAAUGCAAGCAUUAUUUUGCCCUGUUUGCUAUUUAAUGUUGUGUAAUUAAUGCCAGCCAUAAGCGUUUUACAAGCUAUUGCACUAAUGCUUUGUGUGUUUAUGACCCUAAAUGCAUCUUCUGAUAGCCACUAACUAUCUUCACGUGAUGAUCUUAUGCGCACCAGUGCCAGUUACUCUCCAGUGUGUUUCAGUGCAAUGGCGGUUGUUUCCACUGGUUUUAUAAUUUUCGACUUGUGUCUGAUUGUCGGGGCAGCUUUUUUAGCAGUCUUGAUAUACUUUAAGCAUUCCUAUCGGUAUUGGAAAGUUAAACGAGUUCCGUACUUGGAACCCACAUUUCCGCUCGGGAAUGAUGAAUAUUUCUUCACAAAAUCCGCUACUUUUGCGGGCGAGGCCAAAUCUUGGUACGACCAGCUUAAAGCCGGAGGACACAAAUUUGGAGGUGUUUGGUCGUUUUCCAGAAAAGCUCUCGUUUUGGUCGAUCCCGAUUACAUACGCGAUGUGCUCACACAGGAUUUUCAUCAUUUCGCCAACAGAGACAUUUUUGUGAACGAAAAAUUUGAUCCGGAAGGAAGCCAUUUGUUCAAUGUAAGAAACGCCCAUUGGAAGCCGCUGCGGCAAAAGCUCACGCCUACAUUUACGUCUGGUAAAAUGAGAAUGAUGUUUGAAAGCGUUAUGCGAUGCUGCGAUCAUCUCGUUGACCACUUGAAAGAAUGUGCAGAAACUGGAGAAAAUAUAGACAGCCGAGAAGUAAGAUUUUUGUACAGAAACGAAUUGCUUUUGAAGAAAGUUGGGCUGGAAACUGGUGAGUUUUUCUGGAUUUCAAACCAUUGCAAGCCCGAAAGCAAUGCAAUGGACCUGAGAGGCGCGAAGAGACCUUCCAGCUAUGAUUCGCGAAAAAUUCAUUCCAAUCCGGAUACUGGUUCUUGCAAAUUCACCAGCGUAUCGGGCAAGUUUUCAGCUAUAAACGCGUGA